GCCAACUUGAACCUCGAACUCCAUCUGCCACUGCAUCUCCUGCUUCGAGUUACAACAGCCUCCAAGUUCUGCAUCUUGUCAGGUCUCCAUCACCCUAGUCGCUACGGCCGCCAUCCAGUCCCUUCCUCCCUAUGCCGUACUAGGUACACAACCCACUCUUUGACAGCCGUUUCGAGUUCGAUUAUAAGACAUCUCGGCAACUGCAGGCCUUGUAGGCAAUGGAAAAGACUAUCGUCCUGACUGGUCUAUCGCUCUUUUGGCUUUUGUUAUACCUCCACAUAUCGAUCCACGCUUCUCCACUGCCGUACCACUGAAUCGUCCUUGUCGUCCUGUUUCUGUCCUAGACAACCGUCGCCGCUCGUAUCCAUUUGGUCCAGUAGGAACAUUCUCACCCAAGGCUUCCAUGCACCGCGCAGCUAUCGAGCAUACCUUAUUCUUGAUGUACAAGCCAGAUGGGUUCGUUGACGGGCUACUAGGAGACGUGGAUGGUCAAAAUGCGUGUCCCGACGCUGUCCAGAUGUUGCUGCCCAACGGCUGUCAGCCCCUCCAACUUGAACCUGGGCAAAGCAUCCAAUCAGCCACACUGCCCUACAUCCGGGACGCUACAAGACAAGAUGAAGCAGAGGUAGGUGAAAGUGAGGUCGCCUGGUCCCUUUAUCAACGAUAUUUCGGGCAUCAGUAAGAACCAGGAUCCCCCUCGACAGCAUAUUAUGGGCAGUUUAAAUUGCUUCUUAUGCUAUUGCGCAUUUUGUCCCAAUGCCACCGGGACAAUGUACAAAGUUGGUACGCCCCACCUCGAUAACCUGACUAGGCAUUAUUCGUGCGUAUUCUAGCUUUUUCAAAGGUCACUCGCCAAUCCGGCUAUUGCUAAGGCUCUCUCCGCCAUCAUGCAUAUCAUGCCUUGGUUGCGGACCUAUCCACUGCACUGCGUUGUCCGAGUCGGAUCCUGAUGUGCUGGCAAUUUCUGCUGCAGUGGGUGAGGCUGGUGCUGGUGCUCCAUGGUUUGGUGGUUGCUGGGUUUCGCCAUCCCGUCGUCUACCCACGUCCUCACACAUCGGCUUUCUGCAUGCUCGCAUCUGUGCGACGUCAGGUCUUUAUAGACAUGUCAGGGCGGCCUCCACGGAUCGAUAACGUGUCACCAGAUCUCAGAUCAUGUUGCACAAAGAAACAACCACUGCUGCUGCUGCUGCUGUUGUGAUGCUUCUUGGUGCCUUGAUUGAUAUGAGGCAAGGGCGAUAGGAGCAGAGCUGUCACUGAAGAAGUUGCAUGGCGGUGUUGCUGCAGCUAUCCCUCAUUCACUGCUGCAUAACUCUCUAGUCGUGGUGACUCUCACUUGGUGACUCUGGGCUGAUUGCAGUGUCGUUUUCUGCGACUUGUUGGAUAUAAAAAGUCUUUGAUGUCUCUUCUGCCAUCGUUAUAUCUGUACCAACUUGUCCUUUCUUGAUCAACAGAACAAGAGAUCUCGAUCAAAACCCCGCGGACGAACGCAUCAACCGUCGAGUAUCGUCGUCUGUUAAGUCAACGACCAAGACAUCUCUCAACCCAUCUAUUUGUCUUCGACAUGGCUACCAAGACCCAUACCACCUGGCAAGAGGAACUCAUCGCUGAAUGCCGGAAGCAGAGACUCCCUGCCCCUGUCUUCAACAUCGUCUCUGAUCGCCGCGGCGGACGUACAGCUUGGUCUGCUACAGUGACCAUCCAAGGACAAAAUCUUGCGGCGCGGUAUUGGUAUGAUGGCCAAUAUCUUCACAACGCCAAAGAAGACGCCGCCGAAGUCGCAUGCACCAAACUCCGCAACCCUUCCAUCACCGCCGGCCACCAAUCCCUUUACCGGGCCGGGCCAAGCUACGCUCAGAGCGGUUGGGCGCGUUAGGCGAUGACAACUAGAAACGGCUGGCAGCGGAUCUUGUGCCGGUUUGAGGAGAUCUCUAUGGAGAGACUCCAGUUGGAUCUUGUUCUAUGGGUGCUCAGUCAUGACAAAAACACGAAUUACAACAGGGGCAUAGCGAAGGCGUUCGAGCGGCAACUGGAAGCAGGGCAAGGCCCAUUUUUCUUUAGGCUUGGACAUCUUUUUCUCUUGUUUCCUUCACAGAAACCUCUUGGAGAGGAUUAGAAUGAGGCUCGCUGUUGGGAUGGGCAAGGCAGCAGUCGCUUCGUCCCGACUAGCAGACGAGCAGCUUCGGUCAUUUCUGAAAUCUCUGACCGCUGUUUAGGUCCAUAGAAGAAUCCCAGGGAC